AUGGGGGCUAAGAACGGAUUGAAAUCUGAUCUAGUAUGUCAGAUGGAUUCAUUGGAUAAAUCCAUACGGAUUGGCCUGAAAGCGAUGCGCAGAAGAAAGGUCAUCCAUACGAGCACAGCACACCAAGCCGAGCUUCGAUCAACGGGUUUAGCUACCGAUCCAGCAAUAUCGGUGAAGAAGGGCUAUUCCGCUUUACAAGCUCUUUCGUCGUGCGAGCUUUACAAAAAACCUUUCCGGCUGAGGUUAGUUCGGGUUGCGGUAUGGUUUGGGUAUAGCAGAGGUGGCAGGUAUGGGGUCAGGUCUCAUUUCUUUGAACCUGAGGGAGGAGUGGUGAUUUCGACCACUAUAUACGUGAUAGUACGAUCUGCAACGGAAAACAUUCCUACAAGGAAGACGUACCAACCAGUGUGUUCCGGAGCGUCAUACGAGCCAGCAAGGAAUGACCGGUUGAACGAGUUGACAAGCCAGUCCUACACUCCGAAAGAGAAAGGG